AUGAGCGUCCUGAGCAAGUUCCGGACGAUUCCUUACAACUGUUACGAGAUCGCCCAUCCGACCGUAGAGUCCUGCGCGGAUCUUUCGCUCAACGCUCUCACGGCGGCAUUUCGCCGCAGCAUCACGCUGUACGGUACAAUUUUCAUAAUUCAGCGAGUGAUCAGCGGCAGAUUCGGGUGGGCGGAUAUUCUCCGUACGAUACCAAAAGCCCUCCAAUCGUCGAUGUUCGUCACUGUCAACAUUUAUCUUUUCAUAAGCCUCACUUGUCAGCAGUCCCGAAUUCUCAAGAAGUUCUCAUUGAUGACUCCUCUAAAUUCCGCUCUACUCUCGUCUCUGCUCGCAAUCCAUCUCGAAGUCCCAGCUCGUCGCCGGCUCCUUGCCGUGUACAUGAUGGACAUCGCAACGGAAACGGCCUACGAGUCCAUGUGCCUCCAUACCAAUUUCAAACCGAUUCCGUACUUCCCAGUGUUUCUCUACGCUGCUAGCAUGGCAGCUCAUUUCCAUCGCGCGACUUCGUCGCGGGAUUUGCUCGUAAGGGGUCUCGGAUUCCUAAUCGGUCAGCGAUCGGAUCACUCCAUCGAUUCACAACCCGCGGUGGAAACUCAGGCAGCUCCGGGAUUGUGGGCGUCUCUCAAGGCAAGACUGAGCCCUUCGUCCCAUGACUGUACAAGCAACAGCUGUGUUCACCACGCGGCCCGGAGCGGGAUCAGAGGUCUCGUGAGCGGAUACCUCCUCAGCGUAAUCAUUAGUUUGCCAGGAUUACUCAGAGGCUCAUCACCCAACAAAGAGAGUGCAAUUCGUCUAGGAGCUUUUCUAGCAGUGACUUCCGCCGGCACGAGCGGUAUCCAAUGCCUCCUGCAGAAGUCUUCACUAUGUCGGACUUCACUGUCCGCCAAAACGAGACUCACAAUCGCAGUCUUCGUUUCCAGCUUGAGCAUAGCAAUCUACCCGUCACGUCGUAUAGCCCUCCAUAUUUUUUGGCGGACUUUAGCCUCUUAUUUGAAAUUUGAUAGUGUACCGUAUCCGCUUCCCGAAGCGACGUACGCGAUUUGUUGUGCUGCACUCGCGUUCUUCGUCGUUUACGAGCCCCAGACUUUACGGAAGUCUUACCUGAAGUCCCUCGAUCAGCUGUCGGGUGAUUGCUUAUCGAAGAUAAACCGUCAUCCCUUGGAAGCCUAUUCUGGCUGCCAUUCGAGCAAAUUGUACCCGGAAUUCUUCCCGAUGAAAGAAUUGAAACUUUCGCGGGUAUCUCCCAAAUUCAUCGAGCAAGUCCUGAUAUGGAGCGUUCGUUGA